AUCCCCAUCCAUCGACUCGCCGCCGCCCGCCGCGCCGAUCCCGAGCCGAGAAAACCCAGCGCAGUGCAUGACGUUAAGCUGAGAGCCGAGCGCAGCGACACUCGGUCGGCGGCCGGCGCGACUCUCGCCACAACCCUCCCUCGCGGAGACGUCCACAAUGUCGUUCCACCCUCAGACGCCCCAGAGUCCAUCGCAAUUCUCCUCCGGGACCUCGGACCCCGUGUCCAGCGCGGCCACCUCUAUGACGGCCGCGUCCACGGCCACCACCUUGCCGACUCCCGCCCACAGCGUCAACGGAAGCGCCUCCCAGCCCGACUUCAUCAUGGCCGACGACUCGCCGCACAAGCGGAAGCGCUCCAUGGAUGACAGCGGCGACCGUGAGCAGAAGAAGAUUCACCUCGAGGAAAGCAAGCUUGGCAUUGAGGACCUGCAUCUCGAUGUAGGGAAGAAAUACCUGCUUUGCCAAACUCCGCACCCUGAAUCCCUCCCACGGGCCUCGGAAGAUUUGUACGAGAUGUUCAACCUUGCCAGCUUGGCUGCCGAGGUUGCUCGAGAGAAGCCAAACGGAGAGAAGAAUGCUCUGCGAAAAACGUACAAGGGCCACAUCAAGCGAUUAGGCGUCGCUGGUCACUUUGACGUGCAGAAGAAGAAAGAGGACGCGCCUUCAGAGUUUAUGGCCAUGCUUCAGGUCCCUGAUCUCGAGUGGAACGUCCACCAGGUGAAGGGCCGAGAGAUUACCGACGGUCUCUCAGAUACCAGCCUCGCCAGCCUCGGACGAGCAGUCACCAUGGCCAAAGGCCCCAUACCGAAGGGUGUGUGGGAUUCGUCGGUACUGGGGGACAUCGCGCCAUCAAACGGAGAUUCGAAGCAGCCAUCCUCAGCGAGGCCCACCGCCCCAAACACGCCCUUGGCUGGUGCUCCUGGCGCCGUAAAUAGGCUCAAGUCACAGGGUCCUCCGGGCUCAGAUCCCUUGCGACCUCGGCGGAACAUCAAGAAGCGAACCUACGGCGAUAGCAGUUAUGAGGGCUACGGAGAGGGCUUUCCUGAUGAUGAUGCGGGCAUGGAAGCAGGAUACUCUACGGGAGAGGGAGAGGGAGGCCAGAAGCGCCGCAAGAAGAACCCAGGAAAUGCGUCACCCUACCCGAGCGCUAUGCGCCAACAAAGCUACGGCCCUGGCAUGGUUGGCGCCUGAAGUUCUUCCACCGUGGUUAUUCGACCAGGUCCUCCCUUUUCUCGACAGCUCAUCCCAUCCCAUGCCAACAAACCCCUUCCAGCCAACUAAUAGACCUCAUAAGAGGGUGUCUUAGGCUCAGGGGAUCCUGCAGGUAUCACUCACAGGCGAAAAAAAAAAAUCUCCCAGUUGCUCACGAUAUCCUUCCUCCCGGCUGGCUUUCUUCCUUUUUUUCCUUUUCCAUAAAUUGUACAGGUAUACCACGAUACACACGAGAGG